AUGGACAUAGUGGAGAAUCGCAAGACCGAUGGUACAUCCCAAAAAAAGAAGACAGAAGCCUGGGAGGAUAUUGCAUGCCACUACAAUAACUCGCCUAACGUAUCCCAGCGAGCGAAUGCUGCUCAACUUAAAAAAAUGUGGCAAAAUCUAAAAACGAAGGCCAGAGAUGCUAAAACUUUAGAAGCCCUAAAAAAAUGGACUGGUGGACCUGCACCUCCGGCUAUAGGAUCCGAAGAGACCCAGUUCCUUUCUAUAUUACCAACUAUAAUGCCAACAAUUGAAGUUGAGAUAGAUAGUGAUAUAAUCCAAUCAAGCACCUCGCAAUUUAGUGAAACAAAUGAUGAUGACGGUGUUUACUGGCAAAACAAAAAAAAUAGAAUGAUGGACAUGGAAGUUCGUGUCCUCGGAGAAGAGUCAUCUGAGAAAGUGCUCGAAGCAUCAUAUGAAUUGUCGCUACUCAUUGCAAAGGCCAAAAAAAGUCAUACCAUCGGAGAAACACUCGUCAAACCCUGCUUACUGAAAGCUGCUGAUAUCAUUCUUGGACCAGAAACUAAACAAAAAAAUUCACAAAUACCUCUUUCUGACAACACUGUUAAACGUCGCAUUGAUGAUAUGGCUGAAGAUAUAAAAAAUCAGCACCUCACGGACGAAUUCAAGCUCUACUUUCCCGACUCGUGCAAUAAUAUUAUGUACCGAUUAGCGAGCGAUCCUAUUCACGUCGGCAUAGACAUGCUGCCAGAUACAUUACAAGAGCAAGCAUUAUAA